AUGGAACCUAUCGGCCGUGAAGUACAUCUUAUUAAAAGUGCUAUUUUGGAGCCUCGUUUUGGUUCUGUGAACAUGGAAACCUUUGGUAUCUUAUUUGAUAGACAACUGAGUUACUGGUUAGUAGCGUUAAAUUUUCAUGAUAUCAUCAUUCGUGUCUGGGAAAUUGUCUUGGAUUUCCCUAUUGUCCAUUUUCUGCUGGACAUUGAUCACCAUCUUAAUUUUGGCGGUAAGAGAUCUUGUUCGUUUUCGCGCAUCUUCGUAGUGUUGGGCUUGAAAAUGACUGCACCUAAUUUACCUAAUGGUGCUUUCAGACCAGCUCCAUCAUUAGUCAGUGCUCCUCGUAAUGCAUUUAACACCUAUCAUUCAAAUACACAAUCGAGAGGUGCUAAUUUGGUGGUGAAGUCGGCCGUCAGUGGUUCAUCGUCGAAUUUCUCCUUGGUGACUACGAGUAACAUUUCACAGUCGAAUGUCAAUAAUUUCGCCAACUACCCAGCAUUCAGUAGUAUCUUUCAAACACUUUUACGUGGUUCAAAUACUUCUCAAGUGCCUAUCGCCCCUGCAAACGUAUCUGGUUAUGUGAAUGCAGUGGCAGGACCAAAUGGAAAUUUAUUUACGGGGUUUCGACCCGCUCAGUUAUCGUAUCAGUCGAAUAUAAACAUUAGUGCUCCUGCAUGUAUCCCAACAGGACCUACUCAUGUCACGGUGAGCUCAGUUACGUUGAAUUCAGUAAACUGCAGUUCACGUAAUAAUAUCAGUGCUGCACCAAAAGUAGCAAUCACUCAUUCUUACACACCAACCAAUAGCCGAAGAUCUGUUGCAUCUUCUGUAGAAUCACUAUUUGUAUCGACUAAUCUUAUGGCAGUAUCUGAUUCAACAACUAAUGGGAUGCGGAAAUUGGGUGCUAUGGCUUUCCUUCGAUGGGCAGCAGUGUGUACACGAUGCUUUAGAAAAGAAAGACUAUCUGUAUGGCCUAGAUGCAAAGCUGAUACAGAUGCAUUGCAUGAAAUGAACUGGGUUAUAGCUCCACCUGGUCUUUUGGGCAUCUAUUCAGAGUCCCCCUUUUUACGACCCGUAGUUUUACUACGUCGUGUUCAGUUUGCAGCUCCUGGAAAUGUAAAUCCAAAUGUUCUUGAUACUGAUAACAUGGUUCGUAGUCUUCGUGAAAUGGCUGAUUCUAGGAUUACAAAAUAUCCAGGUUUCGCUCCACAUUUUCCUCCAUCUGCAGCUUCUGUCGGAUUCACAACUGAUUACAUGACUUAUAUAUUCACCUUAGAAUUGGAGCGCCAAGUCAUCAAAUUGCUUCAUCGUCCUAAGAUUGGUGGGCAUUCAGAAUGGCGAGUUGUACUCAGACUUGGUUGGGCUACAACUGAUUUCUAUGUUCCAGAUUAUUCAUCCGGUGUAACAAGCCAUCGUGCUCUUGCUUUAGAAUCAUUACCUCGUUGCCUUUCUGUUCGUGUCGCUGGUCGAUCUGUACCCUUACCCGAUCCUAUUUUUCAUGGUGGUCAGGCUCAACGUCUUGGUAAGCGCCUUCGUUUGUCAAUCGAUAUAACAGAUAAAGUGCUCCUGAAAUGUAAUUCUACAGCAAGAAACAGGGUUGUCGAUAUUGAAUUAACCUGGUUGCAUGUGCCAUUAGAAGACCAGUCGGCAGAACUUUUAAACAUUGUUGCUGAUGGACUUAUUUCUCCAUUGUUAUGUCAUUUAGUUGGAUUACCUUUAGUUCAAGUUACACUUGAUCGUGCUUACACUGUUUCUGAUCUUCGAAACACUUUUAAUUUAGACAAUUCAGAACCCUAUAAAACUUUCGUCAAUGGACCACUUUUAGAUCCUGUAGAAUUUCCACCGUUAACAACAAACUCAGACGAUUCUGGACCUUUGGAAUAUCAUGGAGUUUUUGGAGUGUAUGACAAAUGUUUACCUCCAUGUCGCUCACUUCCUGUAGCCAAUACAAAGGAUGAACUAAAGUCUCGUUUCAAAAAGACGUGUAAUGAUAAUGAUUUGAGUAUUUGUGAUGGUGAUGUUGAAGUUGCUGACUACAUCCCUAUAUGCUUAUUGUGUCCACUUACUCGAACAAGAAUUGAUAUUCCUGUAAGAUCAUUCAAGUGCUCACAUCUUCAGUGUUUUGAUUUACAUUCCUAUUUAUCAAUCAAUAUGCGUCGUCCUCGUUGGACCUGUCCUAUUUGUAGUAUUCCGGCACCAUUUCGAGACUUAAGAGUAGACGAAUUAUUUAUAAGUAUAUUGAAGAAUCCUCGUAGCGCUGAUGCUGAAUUCGUUCAGCUGGAUGCAAAUGGUUCUUGGCAUUUGAAUAAUAUUUGUGAUUCAGGAGAAGCUGAAACAGAUAAGUUAUUCGUAGAGCCCAAACAUACUGAUGCUGAUACUAACUUAACGUUUGAAAAAGGCUGUAAAGCAGAAGGAGAAGCAUCUCUCGACAUGUUAAAAGAAUCUGAAAAUGGUGCUAAUAUGCAUACUGUGCAAGUGGACAAAAAAGAGCAGUCGACUACGAACACUUUUGUCAAUCGUGGCAGUGAGACUGGUGACGGAAAUAGUCAUUUAGAACCUGAAGUGAUUAUAUUGAGCGACGAUGAAGAUGAAGAAAAAGAUGAAAGAGAUGAUGAUGGUGGUUGUGAUGGCCACUCCUUAGAGAAAGAUGAAGACGAAACUAUGAAAGUUGGUGAUAAGUCAAUGGUUUGUGAUAAACAUAAAAGAAAUGUGGGCCUUGCUUCUUCAUGUUCAAAUGAAAUGGGCACUACUACAAAAACGGCUUCAACUCUACCUUCAAGACCAAUGACAUUGGAAAUUGAUUUAACAAACGAAGAUUCAGAUUCAUCACAUUGUGGUGAAUCUAAUGGUAUAAUAUUAGAAUCAUCAAGCAAUGGAAAUCAUAUUGUAUUACAAAAUGAAAAAGUUAUACACUCAGAUUUAUCAUCUGACUUUGUUCGUACUCGAGAUGCAAUUCGACUUGGCAAUAGAGAUCCAUUAAUUGUGAUUAGCCCUUUACCAUCGAUUAGUAUUGCUAACGCAUUGUCUGGUUCAAUUAUAGAUGACAAGUUGAAUUCACAUCUUAUAAAUGAAUUUACUUCUAUGCGAAAUGAAUUGACUUUAUAUCCUAAACGAUUAUCAGAUGUUGAUAGUGAUUGGCCUUUAGAAUUUGCACAGAAUAUGACAAAAUCCACUAAAACCUCAAAUAACAUAAAUAACAAUAAAUACAAUACAAAUCAUAAUAAAUCAGCAAUUUAUCAACGAUUUCUAGAAUUAACUGCACACAGAGUGAAUCAGACAAUGAUUAAACAAAAUUCACAUAAUUUAUCAACUGAAAAUGAUAGAUUAACAAAUAAUUCAUUAUCCUAUGCAUACAAUAGUGGAUCAAAGAGAAAAGGUUAUUUAACGAAAUUAAACAACAAAAAAACUGAUAAUAGGUCACAACCAUCUAAAAAAGUUAUAGUAUCGGAUUCUGAAGAUGAAUCCUUAGAUACACCUGGUUCUGUCCCGAGUACAUCCUCAACAAGUCGGCGGAACCCCCAAUUAAUGAAAAUGCAACAAGCGGCUGCACUGGCUCGUCUGAUGCAGGAGCGGUCUCGUCGUAUUAGAAGCAUAUCUGAAGCAUCUAAUGAACUGAAUGAAAAGGCAGUUGGAAAUCUCCCAUCAACAAGUGGUGCCAUUAGCAGAACAACAUCCAGACAGACUGCUGUUAAUGCUAACUCGAAGAAAAGACGUACUACUCGUAAGCGGCAACGACAACAACGUUCUAAUGUAUCUGACGAUAGUGAGACUUCUAGUCAAUCCUUCUAUACUUCAGAAAUGUCUUGUGUCUCCGCAUCAGAACCGUCAAGCGAAUCUGUUUUUAGCAAUUCAUCCUCACGGUGCACUGAAGAGGAUGAUGAUGAUGUGUCAGUCGACUCCUUCUCAUCCAAUGACCGUUGGUCUCCCUCGCAAGAUGUUUGUUUCGGUAGGAAAAAACAACCGAAACGUAAACCUGCAAGAGUACGUCGAUGA